AUGAAGCAAUAAACUAAGUCACAAAUUUAAAGAAUCUCUCAGUUGGAUUUAUUUAAUUACAUAAUAUUAUAGCUAUUUAAUUUAAAAGAAUGUAAAAUUAUACAAUAUAGAGAAAAAAUAAUUAAUUACAUAUUUCGAAGAGGACUCUUUUACACAACUAAUUUUCGUAAGUCUGGGUAGAGAAUUGAUGGACAAAUUUCUAAUUAUAAAAAAAUUGGUAUUAUUGAAGACCAAAUUAAAUUUGAUUUUGCUAAAUCAUAAAGGUAAUUAGAAGUAUCAGAUUCAAUGAAAAUAGAAAUUUAGAGAUUUUUGAUGCUUAAAUAAAUGGAUGAUAAUAUUUUCAAAACAAACUAGUUUAAAAAUAAAGAAUUUAUUAUUUAUAUUAUCUGGAUAACAAUUCAUACUUGGAAUGGAUAAUUUAAUUAUAUAUAUAACGAUAAGCAACCAUUAUAAAUCUAUGAUAACAAAUUAGUGAUUAAAUAUUUGGAAAAAAUCCUCUUUAUAUAAGCUUCACUUUGUAGUAUUAGAUAAGCAAAAUUUUAAACAAUUAAGUAUGAAAAUUUUAAAAAAAUUAGUAGCAAGAAACAAGCUAUAAAAUUAAAAAAAAGUCUUAAUAUGAAAAAUUUACAAAAAAGUAAGAUAAUAUAUUUUGAAUAGCUUAGAGAAAAUAUUAAGACCUUUUGGCUUAGAAAUUUUUGAAUUUUCAAAAUUUCAAUUCCCUCUUAAUUGUCUAAAUUCCUCAUUUUUGGUGA